ACACACAUUUUGAGUCAUUUUUGACAAGUUUCGCAUCAAAAUACCGACCACACAUCAAAUUCUACUGAUGGUUGAGCCUCAAAAGUUGGAAGAAGGAAACAUGGAUCCCCUUACGCUUACAGGAACUGUAAGCGUAAGGGGAUGAGUAACUGGUUUGAAAAUGCUGUACUUUUGUUCAUUUUCAAGGUUCAAUUUGAGGUUCAAAAUUGGAACACUACUGGAGGCAUUUGUUUGUGUCCUCAGCAAAUUCGGUGGCCGUGAAUAUUACAUUUCUGGAGAUAUUGAAACUUUUGAAUGGCUUUUUAGGUUAAAACGUUUAAUUUCGAGAGUGAAAAUACAAAAAUUCUCAAAUAUGAAAACAUGAAAUUCUUUAAAUUCGGCUAAAAUAUUUUACAGAAUUCAGUGUGGGGUCCCAAAUGACAAAAAAGAACAAAUGAAGCAACACUGAGACCAGUAAAGCAUUAAAAAAACAUACACAUUUACAGAGUUAUUUCAUUAAAGUAGGGUUAUUUUGGAGAUUUGCAAUGAUCUCAUUUUACAACCUACAGCUCUGGUCUGAACUGGAAAGAUAAAAUGUUCUUAUGGACACUUCAUCCUGUUUUACAUUCAGCAGUUUCUGAUUUCACAAACAGAACUCAUGAUUAAUAAAUGAGCUUCUUUUUGCAAAUGUGCAGAACAGAAACAGUGUCCAGAGGAUUUUCUGCAAACAGACGCACUUUUGGGUUAAAUCCAUGAUGAGAAGCUGCUCAGUUCUUCCUAAGAGGAUGUAAAUAUUGAUCAGCUGUGGCUGCACUUCAUCACGUUACGAAGCCCACUUUAAUAAAGUGGCAGCUUAUUGAGUCGAGCUCCUUCCAGCGGCUUUUAAUGAACCACACCAGUGUUUUAGAGGCACCUGAAAGUUCUUUUGGCUGCCGUUUCAUUCUGAACUCUGAUCUCCGCGGCUCGUAAAGUCUCAAAAAAAAAGCGAGAAGACGCACGGAGUGCGAUGGUGGCUGGUGUCCAGCUGGUUUUGGAGGAGGGAGGUCUGGUGUGAUGAUGAUGAUGAUGAUGAUGAUGAUGAUGAUGAUGAUGAUGAUGAUGAUGAUGAUGAUGGGUUAAUCCUCUCGCAUGCGUACGAGAGCUCGUGCCAAAAGGAAGGCUCAAAACCAAACCGCCAUCUGUCCGCCGGACUCAGUUUGUUCUGACGGGAGACGCGGCGCAGCGCUUUUUACGCGCAGCUUCACGGAGGAAUCACGGCAGAAUCCGAGCAGCUCGGCGUCGGUUAGUGAAGCUUUAAAGAGAAUCUCACACCUGCCUUCACUUUUAUUCUGCUUAAAGUCGACACGGGCUUCUCCAGAGCUGUAAAGUUUGAGAAUUUCUCGCGUUUUUCGUGCGUAAAAGCAGCGCGGCGCGUCAGGAAGCAGAUCUCCGCACCGAAAAGUCUCUUUUUUUGAUUUCUUAUCUGAUUUAACAAGAUGGACAACUUCACCUCAGCUCCGCAGACGAACCAAACUCUGGGGAUCUGGACGGACUACAGCCUCCAGUACAAAGUGAUCAGCAGUCUGCUGCUGUUCGUCAUCUGCGCUUUGGGAAUCGUCGGGAACGUGAUGGUGAUCCUGGUGGUUCUCACCACCAAACACAUGCGGACUCCCACCAACUGCUACCUGGUGAGUCUGGCGGUGGCGGACCUGAUGGUGCUGACGGCCGCCGGACUGCCCACCAUCACCGACAGCAUCUUCGCCUCCUGGGUGUUCGGACACUACGGCUGCCUGUGCAUCACCUACUUCCAGUACCUGGGCAUCAACGCGUCCUCCUGCUCCAUCACCGCCUUCACCAUAGAGCGCUACAUCGCCAUCUGCCACCCCAUCAAAGCCCAGUUUCUGUGCACUCUGUCCCGAGCCAAGAAGAUCAUCCUGCUGGUGUGGGCUUUCACCUCCGUCUACUGCGUCAUGUGGUUCUACCUGUCGGACAUCCAGCAGCUGGUCUACGACAACAUCACCGUGGUCACCUGCGGCUACCGGGUCCCCAGGAGGUUCUACCUGCCCAUCUACUUCUUCGACUUCGGCGUGUUCUUCGUGCUGCCGCUGCUGCUCUCCGCGGUUCUCUACGGACUCAUCGCCCGGAUCCUGUUCCUCAACCCGCUGCCCUCCGUCCACAAGGACAAGAAGAAGAACAACAACGGACCCAACAACCACAUCAGCGGCAAGAGCAGCAGCUGCAAGAACUCCAGACACUCCAGCUCCACGGCCACGUCCCGCAGACAGGUGACCAAGAUGCUGGCGGUUGUGGUGAUCCUCUUCGCCAUGCUCUGGAUGCCGUAUCGCACUCUGGUGGUGGUCAACUCCUUCCUGGACCCGGCCUACCUGGACACCUGGUUCCUGCUCUUCUGCCGGAUCUGCAUCUACCUCAACAGCGCCAUCAACCCGGUCAUCUACAACGCCAUGUCGCAGAAGUUCCGCGCCGCUUUCCGCAAGAUCUGUGGCUGCGGCGGGAAGUCGUCGGACAAGCCGGCCGCCUACAGCGUGGCGCUCACCUACAGCGCCGUCAAGGACACGUCGAUGGUGGAGAGCACCGACCACUUCACCACCGAGCUGGAGGAGCUCACCGUCACCGACGACCUGCUGUCCGACCAGAAGAUGAUGUUCUCGGACCCCUGCGUGUUCGGAAAGGGGAACUACAGUGAUGCCUGAGGUUCAGUUGAAUUCAGAAGGGACGAAUCUGCAGGUCAGUGGAGGAUUAAACACUUUGAAAAUGGAGCCUGUUAAGUGGGAAUAUGGUUUCCUGCUGACCUUUCUGAAGCCGAUCUGCUGCAGAUGGAGAUGUAAACACUGAUUACAGCCGCUGAUACAGUGUGUGAAGCCAAACAUGCUCUUCAUGGAGAACGAUCCCGGACAUUGUUAAGUCAUAAACAGCGACAGAUAAGAACAUCUUAUCGCACAGCUGGACCUUCCCACAUAAUGUCGAUGUACGAGUCAACAAAGGCUGAAUGUGAACUAAAACACCAUUUAUCUCAAGUCACAGACUCAUUUGUGGUCUUUAAAGCUGUUGCAUGGAACGCUGCAGGCUCCAAAAGGUAAAAAUGUAUGUUUGUUUUACCCCAAAGGAUAUCAGAGACAGGAAAAACAGCCCCACCUCCGGCUUCAGUGCUUCAAUUCACGGUUUUUACACGAGUGAGUCAGCUGAACUGCACAUAAAAACAGUUCAGGUUGGGUCAUUCUUCUCACCCAGACUUUGGAAAUCAGAAGAAAAGUGCAGCUUUAAUGAGUGCUCAUCCCCCUCUUGGUUUCAGAGCUGCUGGUCCAUUAAAGGGUGAGUCACACAUGAACCUUCACCGACAAAACCGACCACGUUUGGAAACUGGAGGCUGAGAUUCACUCGGCAUUAGAUGUGUUGAUGUUAUGAUUAGUUUUAUCCACUUGCAGACGUUUGCUUACAAACGGGAGCAACAGAAGUACAAAAAGCAGUUUGUAACUUGAAUUCAAAAAGUGCCAUAAAUCAGUUUAUCAGGUGUUAUCUAGUUUCUAAAAAGGCAUUAAUCAUAGGGUGGUUAAAAGUUGGCAUCCAUGGCUGUAUAUAGAUAAUAUUUUUUAUAAUUUGCAACUUUCAGGUGACCUGAUGACCUUUUGGUUGCUGUGUUUUCAGUUAUUCCCGAUGAUUUUCAUGAAAUCAAACCCAAUGUCUGAUAUUAUUUAUGGUCACUAAUAAGUCUGUGUUCUAUAAUUACCUUUUACACCUAUCUUGACCAGGAUCCUUAGUUUUUUCACUUAGUUCUGCCCAUUUCUCAGCUGCAAAAAAGGUCAUUAGGACAUAUUUGAUCUCACAGAUUCCCCACAUCUGAGCUGAGAUUGCUGAAAACUGUUGUUUGACAUAACAGCAAACUACAGAAAAUGCUUUGAAAAAGGUCCAUCUGAUGCAUUUAUUAUUUUCUGAAUUCAGGAAACUUUUAAAAACAGUAAAAUUCCCCAAACUCCUGUAUCUCUAAACUAUAUUUUCGAGCAAAUAACAUAUUUCGGAUACAGUGAACCCUCACUAUAACGCAGUUCACCUUUCACGGCUUCGCUGUUUCACAGAUUUUUUUUGUACAGUUUUUUUAUGCUUUUUUUGUGUCCUGCAUCCUGAUUGGCUAAGGGACUGACCAACGUGAACAGUCUCCGCGCCUCGUCUCCUCUGCCCUACAGGCCAGCGCUGCCUGCUGUGGAGCGCUGGAUCAUUUCUCUCCUUGGUCUCCAUGUAGUGAGACACCCUGAAAGACGGAGCCAACAGAGCAGCCUUAUUCUUUUCCCCUGCCGUCAACCGGACAGUGGACGUGGUCCCCAGCCAUCUCUGGCCACCGCAGCCGCGUUCCCCAGGAGAAGAGCGCCGGCGCGAGCCUUCCCCACCCCCGACUGCUCCAAUUGAUUCAGCCGGCCCGCUCUCUGAGGCAAGAGUACCGCCGCGGCGUCCACCUGGCUGCAGCUGCAGCGCUUCCCCAAGUGCAGUAUUGUAUAAUAACUGUAAAAAAUAAAGCUGACUACUUCACGGAUUUCGCCUAUCACGGGUUCUUUUUGGAACGUAACCGCCGCGAUAAACGAGGGUUCACUGUAUGGGAGACGCCAGUGUUUACAAAUAGUGACGUCACGAAGUCACGUGAUUACGGCGCUGGUUGGCAAGAGGAACCAGAGGAACAAUGGCUGAUGAUAGCAAUGCGAACUAUCCUUUCGUGAAAUUGUCCGAUUAUGCUCAAUCCUUAUCACCUGAGGCCCGACAAAUAUACAUGAGUAAGCUGAGACAUCAGGGAAACAGUAAAACCUUGCCAGAUCCCUACAAUUUGAAGACUGGGUGGGUUGACGAUCCUUCAUUGUGGCCGGACAUUUCCUUCACCGACAUUUAUUUUUACUUGAUUGACACCGCUGGGCAGUUCACCCACCCAAAAAUAUAUAAUUAUGAAUUAAAAAUAAUAUAUCUUCUGUUAAUCUUCAACAAGAUGUCAAAGAAACGCCAAGAAGUUGCUGUAUUUUUUGUCUGCAGUACGGCUUCUAUGUAACAGUAACAGACGCACAGCAUUGGUGAUCGAAAAUAGGACAAUUCUAAAAAACGAUCGCUAGACGCAUACAGAAACAAAUAUGGUUACAAAUAGGAGGCUGCUGGCUUAAGGAGAUGUUAUUGAAUAUGCUUCAUUCGACUUUAGUAUACUUUCAUCGCCUAAAAAGCGAUCGGUAACACAUGAUAACACUGAACCAAACCGAAAGUGUAGAGAUCGCUUCACGCGAAGGAUGCGACACUAAAUCAAUAUCUUUUGGUAAAUACGCUCAAAGUUAGACAUACUAAACAUGCUAAACUGUUGAAUAGUUUACCUGAAGAAAAGUGGGAGCCACAAACACGAUCUCUGCUGCUUACUGGGGUACAAUUUUUCCUGUUGAUGGCUGAAGCCACCGCCAUCUUCUCUCUCCUGACAUCGGUAUUUGGUGAAAUUUCAAGCCUGAUCCCUUCUCAAAACGCUUCGUACAACCAACAACUACACACGCUAUUACCACUGUGGUAAAUACAUGUGCAAUUUCAUUCAUGAAAAGCGAUAACUUUACGUAUUUGUUUCAAACCCGAUACCGUUCUCGUAGCAAGCCGUUAUGUUACUGCCGGUUCUUGCCAACCAGUAGCAGUCUUGUACCACGUGACCAGAGCAAAUGACGACACGCUGGCGUCUCCCAUACUGUGUGAUUAUAUUUUGAUAACUAAUGUAGUUUUAUCACUUCCACUCACUCAAUCUUACCUGAAACUGACUUCUGCUUUUAAAAUAAAACAACUCUGGUCCACAGGAAACAAAGCAUGCAUGGACUCUUAUGCAACUGUAAUUUUAUCUGAAUAAUCGUCUGGGCCAACCAGAACUUUGCAGACAGAGGGAGGAUGCAGUUUUCCAGUGCUCGCAGAACUGAUUCAAUAAAUGAUGAUGAAGGUGGAGAUGAGACUGUCAAAACUCGGUCAUUGUGCAUUAAUUUAUAAAUUUAAUAACUCUCAAACUGACAAAUAUUCCCUGGUAUUCUGGGGGAAAGUCCGGUUUCUGGUUUGUGCAAUUAAAGCUCACAUCUGAGCCAUUUUAGGGCAGAAAGGGAUUGUUUUCAUGGAGAAAACUACUACAUAUGUAAGUUUUAUACACAUAAAAUAGUCUUUAGGCAUCAAAUCAGCGAUCUAAGAGGGACUUUUAGAUCAAUUAUGACCGCUGAUUGGUGGUUUUCUAGUCACCAAACGAAUGCAAAAACGCAGAUUUGUCCAGAUUCUUUCAAUUUAUUUCAGAUUUUCAAGGGGUUUUAUUAAUGGGCAUGGACCAGAAAUCCUCCGAGGAUGAACUUACAACCAAUUAAAACAUUAAAAUGUGUGAUGUGGCUGACAAAUAUUAAAUUAACUGUCCUGAGGAAACAUAAGGAGCUGCUAUUGAUUAGUUUAGGGGCAAAAUUAUGCCAACAGUCAAACAGAAAAUUAACAUGAAGACCUACCAAUGCAUAGUUCGACCUCCUUCCAUCUGGAACAUUGUACGUAAAGAUGGAUGAACCCUCAACGUCGUCACCACUUAGUUUCCUGAAGAUCAGUAUUGACGCUCCAACCAACUAAACGGAAUUCUCAACCAGCUUUCCUGUAGGAUUACGUUUGUAACAUAUCACAGAAAUGCGAAUCAACAUAUAUUUGCCAUUUAUUUUAUAGCUUCACUGUCGCUCCUUUUCAGCCAAUCAAUAAGAUAUUACAUAGGGUGGUACUUAUCACCAUGGUAACCAACAAAAUCGAGGAGAAGCUUCAAACAUGUGGUGAAAUAGUCGAAUUUUAACACAAAUCAUGACUUUUUUUCUAAGCUUCUAACCAAGCCAGAAAAUGAAACUUAUUUCUGACGCUGAAACAUGAACCCUGAUCCUCCAGGUGAAAGCCCGGUCUCUGGUUUAUGCCUCCGUCCUCCCCCUCCUGCAUUGUAAGGAGGAUUUUGUGGCUCUUUCCCACCACACUGUUUGACAGGUGACAAAUGCAAUUUAGUUAAAGGCGCAAUUACGUUCCCCUCAACACAUAAUUGAGAGAAGCUGUUUAGCUGUAAAGGAAUGUACUUCUGUGGAGACUCAGAGUUCCAGCUGCAAGUGGGUGUCCUUAAUUUGGCAUUACUUCAGCUAUACAGACCAAAACUGUUCAACGUACCAGGCUGUAAAUAUGUUUAUUUCUGCUGUUAAGGUGGACAUUUUAACAUGGAGAUUGACUCACAUUUAGAGGCUGCCUCAAGUGGUCAUUCCAGGAACUGCAGGUUGGCUUCAUUUUUUUUUUUUUUUUUAAAAUCCUGGAGGUUGCUGCUCGAUCUGAAAAACAUCUGGACCAAAAUGUUUUCAUUCACAGCUUAAAAAAUCCUUAAUAAUGCCUGGUCCAAAGUGAUUUCAAAGCAUUUCUUUUGGGUGAGAUCAGAAGUUCUCCAGAGACGACAUUGAACAGUGAUGUUACACCCUUUUACAUCACUGUAUCAAGAAGCGACGACACAAGAAGUUUAACCUUCGGAGGCUGAUAUUUUAAUGACUUUCUCCAGUUAAACUCCUUUUAUUUACCUCAUUAACAUGUCUUUAUGGUGCUUUUUUAAAAAUAACUAGAUGUCCACGCCAUGGCUGAGUUUUCCACCUUAAACCUGUAGUUUACCAAUGACAGCCUCAAAAACACGGUCAGACUUCCACUUUUUAAUACAAACCUGAAGAACCAAUAUGGUUCCAAUGUUUAUGGUCGAGUUAUUCCAAUAUUACCACUUUCCACUGAGUAGUUUUUCAGUGCUGGAAGGGGUUAGUGUUGAAAGACUUCAUAGAUCUGCAUAUUCUAUAAGAAACAGCAAUGUAGACUUACAUCUGAGCCAUUUUAAGUCAGUUUGAUUUGCAGAAAUGAGUAUUUAGGUGUCAAUCAGUGAUUUUAAAGUGAUUUUUAGAUGAGUUAUGACUCGAUUGGUGGUUUUCUAGCCUAACAUCAUCAAAUAAAUGCAAAAAUGUACAUUUGUCGAGAAUCUUUCAGUUUAUUUUGGGUUGUCAAGAGGUUCUGUUAAUGGACCAGAAUUCCUCAGAGGAUGAACCUACAACCUAUUAAAGAAGAGACGACAUAAGAAGUUAAACCACUGGAGGCUGACGUUUUAAUGACUUCCUCUAGUGAGAAAUUCAGUUUUUUAUCUUUUUAACAUGUCCAUCUAGUGGUUUUUUUUAUUUUUUUGUAGAAAAUAGAAGUAGAAGUCAACACCAUGGCUGAGUUUUACCACCUUAAACCUGCAGUUUACCAAUGACAGCCUCAAAAACACAUUUUCAGAUGUCCAGUUUUUUUUAUACAACCCUAAAGAACCAAUCAUGUUAGGGCCUUCUGGUUCCAACAUUUAUGGCAGAGUUACUCCAAUAUUACAAAUUUCCAUUGAGUAGUUUUACAGUGCUGGGAGGGAUUAGCACUGAAAGACUUCAUAGAUUUGCAAAAUGCAGUCAAAGCAACAAUGUAGACUUACAUCUGAGCCAUUUUAAGGCAGAAAGGGACUGUUUUCAUGGAGAAAAUGAGUCUAAUAAACAGAAAUGAGUUUUUAUGAGUCAAAUUAAUGAUUUUAGAGGGAUUUUUAAAUGAGCCAUGACUCUUGAUUGGUGGUUUUCUAGUCAUUCAUCAUCAAAUGAAUGCAAAAAUGUAAAUUUGUAAGACUCUUAAAGCUUAUUUUGGAUUUUCAAGGGGUGCUAUUUAUGGGGAUGGACCAACAUUUCUUUGAGGAUGAAACUACAGUCAAAGCAAGAAAAUGCAAAAAGACUUAAAGUGUGGUUGUUUGUUCUUCUUUUCAAGAGACUAAACCAUCUCUUUCUGGUACUACUGACAUCAUAGCUGACAAACAUAUCAGUUUGUUGUUGUUGUUGUUUUUUUUUUAUCCCAAUGGCAUUUCCUUGUCUGGUCAUCAAAUUAAACCCAUAUCAGAUAGAUGCAUUUCUACGUCUUCUUACCAAGCAACAAGUAUAAUCCACAGCUUUGGUGUCAACUUCUGAACCCUCUAGAAAAUGCCUUAUUAGACACUCUUCUAUGAUUAUUCUAGAUUCUGUCCUACAUUAAUAAGAGCUUCUACUUCCUGUUUGAGCUGCAGCGGUGGUUGUACAGACUGUAUGUGUGUAGUAGUGUUGCAAAGGUUCAAUGUAACAUAUAGAGUCUGCUGAUGUAGUUUGGCUGCAGCAUCAGUGGUUUCCAGCCGGCAGAGUGAACUUUUAGUGCUUCGGUCUGUGUGUUCUGUAACAUGUGAACCGUGGAUUUAACAAACCAUCGCUUUUGCUGAACAUGGCUGCUGUGAUGUUUACUGCUGCUGUUGUUUCUACCAGAUCAGUGACUGUUUAUGAAUUUCUGAGGGCAGCCUGACACACGGGGAGGUUAAAUUGGGCAGCGAGAGCAAACACAGCGCAGGAAGAAGCUCCGUUCGCUGCUGAAUGUGGGAAAUAACAGCCAGUGUUCGUUUAAUUGUACCAGCACUGCACAUGCCUUCGAUAUCGGUAGAGUCACGCUUCCAUGUGUGUUCCCUGUGUAUCUAAAGUGAUGUUAUUUAUGGCAACUCUACUGUUUGUCAGGCGAGAAACAGAAGUAAGUAUUUUUAUGCCACUCUUGCUUUCAUUAUUACCUGUUAAAACUUUAUGAAUAUUCUUUUGUGGCGUAAUGUUUGGAAGCUGCUGCAUUGUUCUUGCUUCUUAGAUUAAUGUGAUCCUGUGAAUAUGCUGAAUGGCUAACUAGACAUUGUUCAUUUGUACAUUUUGUCUAUGUUGAAAAUAAAGUUAUUUCUGGGCA